AUGAGAAAGAGGACUCCCGCACCUAGGAAACCUAGGAAACCUAGGAAACACACGACACUGCUGCUUGGAAUCAAACAGCCUCGAGCAACUACCGUUACUGGUACUAUUGUCAUGCUCGAUGAUCCAAAUGAACACGAUGAUGUCAACUCAAUGAAGAAGUCAGCCACCGGUGUCAUUUUGAACCCUCAGCCGCAUGAUUCACCCAAUGAUCCAUUGAAUUGGUCAGUAUGGAAACGCGAUUUGUGCUUGUUGAUUAUUGGAUUUGCUAGUUUCUUGGGAGGUGGCCAGUCUCCAAUACUAGCUGCGGGAUUGGGAUCUUUAGCUACUGAGUUUGAUAAACCCUUGACGACAAUAUCCUACUUGGUUGGUGGGUUUAUGUUGUCGUUGGGUGUUGGAUCAGUUAUCGCUAGUCCUACAGCUGUGCUCUAUGGGAAAAGAUUGGUAUACAUUGCUGGGACAUUUAUAUUUGCAAUGGGUGCAGUAUGGGGAGGCGCAGCUAAUAGUUUUGGCAAUUUGAUGGGGGCAAGAGUGCUAACUGGUAUUGGUGCUUCCCCCACUGAAUGUUUACCUAGUUCCACGAUUGCCGAGAUUUAUUUUGCUCAUGAACGAGCGUAUAGAAUUGGACUUUAUACAAUGUUGAUGUUGGGUGGGAAAAACAUCAUCCCUCUAUUGUCUGCAUUGGUGUUUCAGUAUUUGGAUAGACAUUGGUUGUUUUGGAUCUUGGCCAUGUUUUUAGGAUUCACCACCAUUAUGAUUAUUUUAUUUGUUCCCGAUACAUUUUGGGAUAGGACGCCAACACCAUCAAAAAGAUCCAUAGCUGAGACUGAAUUGGCACAAAAUGUGAAAUCGUACCAUCCACCUUCACAAAGACCCAAUGCGUUUGCGUUGCAGAGUAAUCGUCAGCAACGACCCAGUUCAUCGUCACAGGAUAUACAUAGUCUUUCGUCAUCGGUUGUUGAUUAUACUGCUCAAGGAGUAACCGAAAAGCCUGUCGCCAUAACCGAAUCAACUCAACCACCAGUUGAAUACCAAAAGAAUAGUUACUGGAAAGACGUGAGAAUAUAUCAAGGGCGUUUUACCAAAGAUAGUUGGUGGAUGGUUGCAUUACGACCAUUUGUGUUGUACACGUACCCCCAUGUCCUAUUUGGUUCCUUUAUUUACUCGUUGGCCGUUGUCUGGCUUAUUGUCAUUUCAGAAACAAUUGCCGAAAUUUUCAGAAACCCACCUUAUGGAUAUAGUCAACAAACAGUGGGUCUUUUCUACAUAUCACCAUUUAUUGGUGGAAUCAUUGGAUCGUUGUCAUGUGGAUUGAUUUCAGACAGAUUAAGUCGAUAUUUUGUUGCUAAGAAUAGAGGUGUUUAUGAACCAGAGUAUCGCUUGGUUAUGAUUAUUCCGUCCACAUUGCUCAUUGCUAUUGGAUUGAUGGGGUACGGAUGGUCAUCAACAGUACAAGAUCCGUGGAUUGCUCCAGUGAUCUUUUUUGGAGCCAUGUCCUGUGGCUCAUCCAUGGCAUCAACUACAGCAAUUACUUUUUCCGUGGAUUCUUACAAGAUGUUUGCUUCAGAAACGUUGGUUUCGUUUAAUUUUUUGAAAAACUUGCUCGGUUUUUGUUUUUCAUUAUUCAACAAUAAAUACGCGGCACAACAAGGUUACAAAUCAGCAUAUGUCACGUAUGGAGGUAUUCAAUUGUUUGUCAGUUUGUUUGCUAUACCGUUGUACAUUUAUGGUAAAAAGUUGAGAAAUUGGACCGAUGAAAAGGAAUUGAUGAGAAGUUUGUAUCAUGAGGAUAAUGUACCGCCUAGUGUUUCAUCGAAAAGCAAGUAUGACUAUGAUGAGUCAAUUAGUAAUGUCUCAAGUGAAGAGCGUGCCAGGAGUAUGCAUGAGGAGGCUAGAUAG